UUCUUUUUUUCUCUGACUUGACAGGAUGAUGAUGUCAAUGCUGUUGCCUCAAUUGGUGUUGGACAGGUGACUGUCAAAAUGCUUCGGUUGCUGAUUUCAGGUUCACAAGCAGGAUCGUUGAUUGGGAUGUCCGGUCAGAAUAUCGAGAAAUUGAGGAAUUCAUCUGGUGCCAAUAUCAUGAUUUUGGCUCAAAAUCAGUUCCCUUUGUGUGCUUCUGCUCAUGAAUCCGAUCGCUUGGUGCAGAUAUCAGGUGAUGGUCCAGGAGUACUGAAAGCUUUGGAGGAAAUUGGUUGUCUAUUGAGGGAAAAUCCGCCAAGAAAAGUAGUUUCCGUCAAACCAGCGUACACUUUCAACCCAAAUCAACCUUAUAUGGCCCCAACUUCAGGGCUCCCAUUUGCAGCUGAUUAUGUAACACUGGAGAUGAUGGUUCCGGAGACAAUGGUUGGUGGUUUCAUCGGCAAGUGCGGCUGCAACAUUUCAAAGAUCAGAACUGAGUCUGGAGCAACGGUCAAGGUUGCCGGUGCUAGGGGUGAACAAGCUCAAAGGUUAAUCCAUCUUGCUGGCAGCGCGCAACAGGGAUUGGUGUUUGAUCCGAUCGACACUCUGUGGCGAGAAGUCCGGGUGGAUCUUAUUCUUUUCUGGUUUUCUUAUUGCUGCUGUUAUUGUUCUGCAACUCAGGUAAGAGAACUAAUCUACUGUUAAGUUCAUAUAUGAGUUUUUUUUUUCCAGAAUUCUCCAAGUAUUGACCACCCCUACUGGACUAUCUGGCCAUCGGAUUGAGCUCCCCUUUGGAUCGAGUGUCCCCCCUGUUGGAAGGGAGGUUCGAUCCUGAUUCCAUGCCCAUCAGACCAGGGAAUUGUUUGGUCUGGCUAAUUUUCUGAAUCUGGCCGAUUAUGUUUCUGUCCAGAAUUGAAAUCUGGUUGGUAUUUUCUGUCUCUGUGGUGUUGCUACUGAGUAUGGUCUAUUUUAAUACCCUAUUUUCUGCUACUGAUUAGUCCUAUAGUUGGUGUGAUAUCUGAUUUCUGAAACUCUAGUUCUGAGUUGAAAUUUCUGCUUUACAAAGGGCUAUUCGAUUCCUAUUUCUGGACUGUUGUAUAUUGUCUAUUUCUUGGGUGAUUAGUAGUUGUUCUUUUGACUAAAA